UACAACAACAGGAGGAAAAUGGAAACGAUAGCAGUUAGGGCGGCGGUGAAAGUGCUGGAAAAUCUGGUUACCUUUCUUGCAAAUGAAGCUCAAUCAAUGGCCGAUGUUCGCCUAAGAGUGAGUAGUUUGAAGGAUGAUUUGGAAUACAUGAAUUCAUUUCUGAAGAUUGCGGAAUCAAUAGAUGAAAAGGACGAUGGGCUGAAGAUAUGGGUGAAACAAGUCAGAGACCUGGCUUAUGAGACUGAAGACGUUGUGGAAGAAUUCUUGCUUUUUUUGACACCACCAUCUGAUCAUCACUUCCUAAGAACACAGCUCUUUCAUCUGCAAGGUCUGAACCAACGAAAACUCUUAUCUGAUAAGAUAAAACUCAUUGACUUGAAGAUGAAAGGAAUCAAAGAAAGAAGAGAGACCUUUUCCUUUUCUCUCCCGAGGACACGUGAUGAACUAGGAGGGCAUGACCUUAGACUUGAUGCUCUAUAUGUUGAGGAUACUGCUGUUGUGGGAAUUGAUAAUUCUAAAAGCCAAUUGAUUUCAAUGCUUAAUGUGGGAGAUAAGGAUCUACUUAUCGUCACUGUGGUAGGGAUGGGUGGCGUAGGAAAGACUACUCUUGUGAGGAAAGUCUAUUUGAGUCCCGCUAAGGGGCACUUUGAUUGUCAAGCUUGGGUUACUGUUUCUCAGUCAUUUACUCGCUUGAAACUUCUUCGAGCUUCCUUGAAGAGCUUCAUGGAUAAAACUAAAGAUGUAGGAAAUGAAGCGAUAGACACAAUGGAUGAGAUUCAAUUGAUCGAUGCAUUGAAGAAUUAUCUGCAUCAAAAGAGGUACAUUAUUGUGUUUGAUGAUAUUUGGAAGGUUGAGGCGUGGAAUCAUGUUAGAUAUGCAUUUCCGUGUUGCUCGCGUGGGAGUAGGAUCAUCUUCACUACACGUAACGGAGACAUAGCCUCAUCAACUGAAAUCACUAAUCGCAUGUUCAAUCUCAAUCCUUUGCUUGUCGAAGAGUCUUGGACCUUUUUUUGCAUGAAAGCUUUUCGAGGUGAUGAAUACAAUGGUGUUUGUCCCGAAGAGAUGCACGAUAUCUCGUGGAGCCUGAUGAAAAAGUGCGGAGGACUGCCUCUCGCAAUUGUAGCCCUUGGGGGUUUGCUGGCUAGAAAGGAGAAACAUGUUCUCGAAUGGCAGAAAGUUCUUGAAAGCCUAUCACCUGAUACGAGAAUCAUCUCCGAACUUGAGAGUCUGGAGAGGAUAUUAUUGCUGAGUUACAAUGACUUGCCAAAUCAUCUCAAAUGUUGCAUCUUGUACACAAGCAUGUUUCCAGAGGAUUAUCUCAUCAAGAGAUCGAGGCUCAUUCUCUUAUGGGUGUCUGAAGGAUUCACGGAAAACAGACCAGGAGGAUAUACCCGUGAAGAGGUUGCUGAGGGCUACCUAAAUGAAUUGGUAAACAGAAGUAUGAUUCAAAUCGUUUUAAAAAACAAUUUCAACCGGGUCAAGAUUUGUCAACUUCACGAUCUCUUGCGAGAUGUUCUUCAAAGGAAAUCUAGAGACGAGACAUUUUCCAUUGUGUUGAAAGAUGAAGAACUAUUACAAUCAAGUGAGAAGAUUCACCGUGUAGCAAUCUAUGGGACUUUGUAUCCCCAAACUCCCCAAGGAGGCAAGAUAUCACUAUUCACAGGCCUUCGAUCCUUACUUCUCUUUGAUGUUAAAUUGCUAAAGACAUAUUUAUAUGGUUGUCGAUCGUUGAGGGUGGUGGAGCUUGAAAGGGUACCUCUUGACUAUUUCCCUGAAGAGUUAACUGAAUUGAUUCACUUGAAACACUUGAGCUUCAGGGGGAAUGGGCGUAUAAAAGAUAUUCCAGACUCUAUAAGAAAGUUGAGGUGUCUAGAGAUACUUCAUCUCCAAUUUUGUUUUAUAAAAUAUCUGCCCCAGGGGAUCCUAGAUUUGAAGAAUCUUCGUCAACUACGUUAUCACAGUGAACUAUAUGGUAACAGGGUUAAAGUUCCCUCCGGGAUAGGAAAAUUGAGCAAGUUAGAGAAAUUGAUUGGGUUUGAAGUAGAUCGGAAUAAUGUGAAUGUGGUCCAAGAAAUUGGAAAGUUGACAAAUUUAAAGAGUCUAGGUGUUCUGAAAGUAACUGAACAAAUCUGGUCGACGCAUCUAUCCCCCGCGUUAGAGAAAUUGAAACGUCUGACUGCUUUACACCUUUCAUCACCAAUCAUUAAUGAUGUACGUCUUUCUCUAACUUUUAUCUCAUCUCCUCCACUACUUUUGCAGCGCCUUUGUCUCAGUGCCCAUAUACAAAGUUUGCCUAGUUGGAUCUUUUGCCUCCGUUAUCUUGGCAAAUUAGUUCUUGAGUAUUCUAAUCUCGAGAAUGAUCCACUAAGAGCACUUCAGGGAUUGGAAAACUUGGUAGUGCUUCAUCUCCUAAGAGAAUCUUAUUUGGGAGAGGAAUUAAGUUGUGAUAUUGAAGGAAGCUAUCCAAAACUUAAGGAGCUCCGCCUUAUACGGUUGAUGCCUUUAAAGAGGAUAGUGUUGACAAAAGGAGCUAUGCUUAGGCUAAGAGGGCUACAACUCCAAUACUGCUAUUCACUACAAGCGGUACCAACAGGGACAGAACAUCUCAGAGACUUGCAAUAUUUGUCUGUGUCGGGCAUGUCUGGGAUAUUCUUACGAAAUAUAGGACCACAUGGUCCAGAUUAUUGGAAAGUUGAGCAUAUUCCAAUAAUUAAAAAGGGUUAG